AUGAGUACAUUCGGCACUAUUUUUCGCGUAACAACAUACGGAGAAUCGCAUGGUAAGUCUGUAGGAUGCAUAGUGGAUGGUUGUCCUCCUGGUUUACCUAUAGUGGAGACCGAUAUACAAACUCAAUUGAGUAGGAGACGACCGGGACAAAGCAACUUAACUACUCCACGUGAUGAAAAAGAUUUGGUGGCUAUACAAUCCGGAACAGAGUUCGGAAUCACGCUUGGGACACCAAUUGGAUUGAUGGUUCGUAAUUUAGAUCAAAGACCUCAUGAUUAUUCAGAAACAGACUUGUACCCAAGACCUAGUCACGCAGAUUGGACUUAUCUCCAAAAAUACGGAGUUAAGGCUAGUAGUGGUGGUGGUAGAUCAUCUGCCAGAGAAACAAUAGGUCGAGUGGCUGCUGGUGCCAUUGCAGAAAAAUAUCUUAAACUCGCACACGGAAUUGAAUUUGUAGCUUUUGUAUCCUCUAUUUCGUCUAUUGUUAUGCCAUUUGUUCACAUGGAAGACGAUAGAUUGUUUCCUCAAGACUUUUGGGAAUUUCUUAAUACCAUAAAACGAGAGGAAGUUGAUAAAGAUCCUGUAAGAUGCCCUGAUAAGGAAGUUUCAGAAAAAAUGCGCGAGCGUAUUCUUGAAGCUAAAGCAGCUAACGAUUCUGUUGGUGGAACUAUUACAUGCGUAAUUCGCAAUGUUCCUUCAGGAAUUGGUGAGCCAUGCUUUGAUAAAUUAGAGGCCAAACUUGCACAUGCAAUGCUUUCGAUUCCUGCUACUAAAGGUUUUGAAAUUGGAAGUGGAUUCAAGGGUACAACAAUAUUAGGACAUCAACAUAAUGAUCCUUGGGUUAAAAAGGCUAAUAAUUUAGGUACUAUAACCAAUUAUUCUGGUGGAAUUCAGGGUGGUAUCACGAACGGUGAAAAUAUAUACUUUCGAGUUGCAUUUAAACCGCCUGCCACGAUUUCUCAACCGCAGAAUACUGCUACUUACGAUGGUGUAGAUGGUGUACUUGCUGCAAGAGGUCGCCACGAUCCGUGUGUAGUACCAAGAGCUAUUCCUAUCGUCGAAUCCAUGGCAGCAUUGGUUAUUAUGGAUGCACUAUUGAUCCAACAAUCUCGAAAAACCGCUGCUUCACUUCUUCCCCCAAUUCCUAACCUUCCACCUACAAUGAAUGCCAUGUUUUCGCGUACGGAAAAUUCGACCGAAGAAGCGAAAACUGAAGCAACAUCGACUUAA